GCCAACUUCGCUUAGGCGCGCGACCUGCUGUCCGUAGAUGAAGGGGGCGUAAGACAGUAGAAGGGUUGCGCGCGCGCCAAGGAGGUGGCUGUAGCCCCACCCACCACCUGUGUUCUGGCACGAGCCGCCGCCUCUCCCCUCUACGUGGGGAAAAAGGAGGAGAAGCGCGUCUCUUCUCGCCGGAUUGACCGACCUGGCAAACGAGUGGCGCAUGCGCGUGCAGGUCGAAGGAAGAAGCGCGAGGCGGUGCCGCCACCUCCAAACCCCUUGACUCUCUUCACUCAUUGGGGCGCUGCGCGUGAAGGAGGCAGGCGCGCGCGCCCCCGUGCUCGCUCCUUCAGUGGGGAUUGUUUUGUGAGGGAGAGAAAGAGACAUCCGACUGAUUGAGGGAGCGGCGGAGCUGCAGGAGCAGAAGCCUCCGCCACCGUCGUCGUCCUCAUCAAGACGACGACCACGGUCCCCGCCAGCAUCCCCCACCCCAACCUGGCUGCAUCUGAGGGGAGAGGAAGGAAGGAAGAGAGGAGCCAGUUGGCCGCUCCUCCUCCUCCUCCUCCUCCUCCUCGUCGGGAUGUGGUGAGGAAGGCUCCCCCACUUCUGCCUCGCAGCUCCUCCCCCAGAACUCUGGGGCAGAGGAAAGGAAGGAGAAGUUGCCGCGCCCCGGAGGGAGCCCGGAAGGACCCCAACAGCGGACUAGCUUUUGGGGCGUGCUGAUUAGACCAGAACAGCCAUGUUUCGGAACAGUCUCAAGAUGCUUCUUACGGGUGGGAAAUCAAACCGCAAAAACAGAUCCAGCGAUGGGGGGAGCGAGGAAACACCAGACCGAAGGCAGGCAAGCGUAGACUACCGUCAGAGCCAUUCUGGUCAAGGUGGCAGCUCCACAGAGAACGACUGUGCUUUUGAAUCAGAGUAUGCUAUCCCAUCACUCCCAGUACCCGAAGGUAUGCAGCACAUUCGGAUUAUGGAAGGCAUGUCCCGCUCUCUUCCAUCCUCCCCAUUACUAACACAUCAGUCUAUCAGUGUUCGGCUCCAGCCUAUGAAGAAAUUAACUGCUCCAUUGAGGAAGGCAAAAUUUGUUGAGAGUCCUCGAAUCCCAGAAUCUGAGCUUGGCUCACCAACACUCACUUCAGCACCAAAACUGGACCUUGAUGCCUACUGCCCUGGUGAAGCUGAGCAGGAGCUGGGACCCCCUCCAUCUGUAGAUGAGGCAGCAAACACACUCAUGACUCGACUGGGCUUCCUCCUGGGAGAGAAAGUCACCGAAGUGCAGGCAGGGCAGCAGUACAGCAUGGAGGUGCAAGAGGACAAUCAGACCUCAGCAGUAUCCCAACGAAUAAGUCCCUGUUCCACGCUGACCAGCAGUACCGCUUCACCACCUGCCAGUAGUCCUUGUUCCACCCUCCCUCAAGCUAGUACCAAGGAUGUUAUAGCAAAGGACUGCAGUUAUGGAGCUGUCACCAGUCCCACUUCUACUCUUGAAAGCAGAGAUAGUGGCAUCAUAGCAACAUUGACAAGUUAUUCGGAAAAUAUGGACCGUGCUAAGUAUGGAGGAGAAAGCAGUAAAGAAUUAGGAUCUGGAGGAAACCUGAAACCUUGGCAAUCUCAAAAAUCCAGCAUAGACUCUUGUUUAUAUCGAGUGGAUGAAAACAUGACGGCUUCUACCUACAGUUUGAAUAAGAUCCCUGAAAGGAACCUAGAGACAGUAUUAUCCCAAUCUGUACAAUCCAUUCCACUUUACCUUAUGCCACGGCCAAACUCUGUAGCAGCCACCAGCUCAGCCCACUUAGAAGAUCUAGCUUACCUAGAUGAGCAGAGGCAUGCUCCACUACGAACAUCUCUCCGGAUGCCUCGCCAGAGCAUGGCUGGUGCUCGCACACAACAAGAUCUAAGAGUACGCUUUGCACCUUACAGGCCUCCUGACAUCUCUCUGAAACCACUCCUUUUUGAAGUGCCCAGCAUCACCACAGAGUCUGUAUUUGUUGGCCGGGACUGGGUGUUCCAGGAGAUUGAUGUACAAUUACAGAGUGCUGAUGCCAGUGUGAACAGAGGCGUUGUGAUAGUUGGAAACAUUGGCUUUGGCAAGACAGCAAUCAUCUCCAGACUGGUUGCACUAAGCUGCCACGGAACACGCAUGAGGCAGAUUGCUUCUGACAGCCCCCACGCAUCCCCAAAACAUGUUGAUGCAAACCGAGAACUACCCCUCGCCCAGCCACCUUCUGCUCACUCCUCCAUCACCAGUGGGAGCUGCCCUGGAACCCCAGAAAUGCGCAGACGUCAGGAAGAGGCCAUGAGGAGGCUUGCCACUCAGGUUGUUGCUUAUCACUACUGCCAGGCUGAUAAUGCCUACACCUGUCUUGUGCCAGAGUUUGUACACAAUGUGGCCGCCCUACUCUGCCGCUCCCCCCAGUUUGUCGCCUACAGAGAGCAGCUGCUGAGAGAACCACAUCUGCAGAGCAUGCUUAGCUUGCGGUCCUGUGUUCAGGACCCCCUGGCUUCCUUCCGGAGGGGAGUCCUAGAGCCCUUGGAAAGCCUUCAUAAAGAGCGGAAGAUCCCCCAUGAAGACUUCAUCAUAUUAAUUGAUGGCUUAAAUGAAGCUGAAUUUCACAAACCUGAUUAUGGGGACACAAUAGUAUCAUUCCUCAGCAAAAUGAUAGGGAAAUUUCCAUCCUGGCUGAAGCUGAUUGUAACAGUUAGAACAAGUCUACAGGAAAUAAUUAAGUUAUUGCCCUUCCAUAGGAUAUUCCUGGACAGACUGGAAGAGAAUGAAGCUAUAGAUCAGGACCUCCAAGCUUACAUCUUGCACCGAAUACACAGCAGCUCUGAGAUACAGAAUAACAUAUCUCUUAAUGGCAAAAUGGACAACACAACUUUUGGCAAACUCAGUUCUCAUCUCAAAACCCUGAGUCAAGGAUCCUAUCUGUACCUUAAGCUCACUUUUGAUCUCAUAGAGAAGGGCUACUUGGUGUUAAAAAGCUCCAGCUAUAAGGUAGUUCCCGUCUCGCUUUCAGAGGUGUACCUACUGCAGUGCAAUAUGAAGUUCCCAACACAGUCUUCCUUUGACCGGGUGAUGCCUCUCUUGAAUGUGGCAGUGGCAUCUCUGCAUCCUUUGACUGAUGAGCAUAUUUUUCAGGCCAUCAAUGCAGGGAGCAUUGAAGGUACUUUGGAAUGGGAGGACUUUCAGCAGAGGAUGGAGAACCUCUCUAUGUUUCUAAUCAAACGCAGAGAUAUGACCCGAAUGUUUGUACAUCCAUCUUUUCGGGAGUGGCUAAUCUGGAGAGAUGAAGGAGAAAAGACCAAGUUCCUCUGUGACCCUAGGAGUGGACAUACACUACUUGCCUUCUGGUUUUCCCGUCAGGAGGGAAAGCUCAACAGACAACAGACUAUCGAACUUGGCCAUCAUAUUCUCAAAGCACACAUCUUUAAGGGGCUGAGUAAAAAAGUUGGGGUCUCCUCCUCAAUUCUCCAAGGGCUUUGGAUUUCCUACAGCACAGAAGGUCUUUCCAUGGCACUGGCCUCUCUGCGGAACUUGUAUACCCCCAACAUAAAGGUCAGUCGGCUGCUGAUCUUGGGAGGUGCCAACAUCAAUUACAGGACUGAAGUUCUGAACAAUGCCCCUAUUUUAUGCGUCCAGUCUCACCUUGGUUACACUGAGAUGGUGGCUUUGUUGCUGGAGUUUGGAGCAAAUGUUGACGCUUCUUCUGAAAGCGGCCUGACACCACUGGGAUAUGCUGCUGCUGCUGGCUACCUAAGCAUUGUUGCACUCUUGUGCAAGAAGCGAGCCAAGGUGGAUCACUUAGACAAGAACGGUCAGUGUGCCCUGGUACACGCAGCCCUCAGAGGCCACCUUGAGGUUGUCAAGUUCUUGAUUCAGUGUGAUUGGACAAUGGCUGGACAACAGCAGGGGGUGUUCAAAAAGAGCCAAGCCAUCCAGCAGGCCCUCAUUGCUGCUGCCAGCAUGGGAUACACAGAGAUUGUCUCUUACCUACUUGAUCUCCCAGAAAAAGAUGAGGAGGAGGUGGAGCGAGCACAAAUCAACAGCUUUGACAGUCUUUGGGGAGAAACAGCUCUGACAGCUGCAGCUGGACGAGGCAAGCUGGAUGUUUGUCGUCUGCUGCUCGAGCAGGGAGCAGCUGUAGCCCAGCCCAACCGACGUGGGGUUGUUCCCUUAUUCAGCGCAGUUAGACAAGGCCAUUGGCAGAUUGUCGAUCUCUUGCUCACCCACGGUGCAGAUGUUAAUAUGGCAGAUAAACAAGGUCGGACUCCUUUGAUGAUGGCGGCUUCAGAGGGACAUUUGGGCACAGUGGAAUUCUUACUGGCACAAGGCUCCUCUAUUUCCCUAAUGGACAAAGAAGGGCUGACCGCCCUCAGCUGGGCUUGCCUGAAGGGCCACCUUUCAGUAGUGAGAUCAUUGGUAGAAAGUGGAGCUGCUACAGACCAUGCUGACAAAAAUGGGCGCACUCCAUUGGAUCUGGCUGCUUUUUAUGGUGAUGCAGAGGUGGUUCAGUUCCUGGUGGAUCACGGAGCUAUGAUUGAGCAUGUGGACUACAGCGGGAUGCGCCCUCUGGACAGGGCAGUGGGUUGCCGCAAUACUUCUGUUGUGGUCACCCUCCUGAAGAAAGGAGCCAAGAUAGGUCCAGCAACUUGGGCGAUGGCCACCUCCAAGCCAGACAUCAUGGUCAUCCUGUUGAGCAAGCUGAUGGAGGAGGGGGACAUGUUUUACAAGAAAGGGAAAGUGAAGGAGGCUGCCCAGCGCUACCAGUAUGCUCUGAAGAAGUUCCCUCGAGAAGGGUUUGGAGAGGACCUGAAAACCUUCCGGGAGCUGAAGGUGUCGCUCCUUCUCAACCUUUCCCGAUGUCGGAGGAAAAUGAAUGAUUUUGGAAUGGCGGAGGAAUUUGCCACUAAAGCACUGGAGCUGAAACCGAAAUCUUAUGAAGCUUACUAUGCAAGAGCAAGGGCCAAACGCAGCAGCAGCAGACAGUUUUCAGCAGCUCUGGAGGACCUGAACGAGGCCAUCAAGCUUUGUCCGAACAACCGUGAGAUCCAGAGGCUGCUGAUGCGGGUGGAGGAAGAGUGCAGACAGUCACAGGCACCACUACAACAACAGCCUCUGGUAGUACCUGAAUCUGAAACGCAGCAUGAAGAGUUGUAUGCUGUGCAAGACAUCUUGGAAGAAGAGUAUCUUGAGCAAGAUGUGGACAAUGUUUCUGUUGGCUUGCAGACAGAGUCACAGCCCAGCCAAUCGCUGCCCAUCAUCCAGAGCCCACCCUCUUCCCCUGCCCAUCGAGACUCUGCCUACAUCUCCAGCUCGCCACUUGGUUCGCAUCAGGUGUUUGACUUCCGGUCAAAUAGUUCUGUGGGGUCACCAACAAGACAAGGAUAUCAGCCCACCUCUCCUGCACUCUCCCCAACACACCAGAAUUCCCAUUACAGGCCUAGCCCACCACACACAUCUCCUGCUCACCAAGCCUCCUCUUACCGUUUUAGCCCACCUCCAGUUGGUAACCAAGGGAAAGAAUAUCAAAGCCCACCACCUUCACCCCUUCGCAGAGGCCCUCAGUACCGAGCCAGCCCUCCUGCAGAUAGCAUGAGUGUCUACAGGGCUCAGUCCAGCUCACCAGUUCGCUAUCAACAGGAACCCAGCAUUGUUCAACUUCCCAGUCGGCCAAAGUCUCCACUCUCCAAAAUGACACAGAGAUCCUUCCAGAUGCUUCCACUGCCUGUUGCGGUCCCCCAGCAAGGGCUCCGGUUGCAGCCUGCCAAGGCACAGAUCGUCAGAAGCAACCAGCCAAGUUCAGCUGUGCACUGCAGUACUGUGAUCUCAACUGGUACUUAUGGCCAAGUAGCCCACUCAGUGGCCAGCAAGUACCAGUCCACAUCAGCGGAAAUGGGGGUUGGCCAAAGCCGGCUAGUCUACCAGAGCUCCAUUGGGGGUAUAGUGGGGGAUGGGCGGCCUGUGCAGCAUGUUCAGGCCAGUCUCAGUGCAGGGGCAAUCUGCCAGCAUGGAGGGCUGGCGAAAGAGGAUCUUCCACAAAGGCCUUCCUCUGCCUAUCGUGGUGGGAUGAGAUAUAAUCAGACCCCACAGAUUGGGCGCAGCCAGUCAGCUUCCUAUUAUCCAGUCUGUCACACAAAACUUGACCUGGAACGUUCCUCCCUCCCCUCUAGCCAGCUUGGUUCCCCUGACAUUUCUCACUUGAUACGAAGGCCCAUUGCAGUAAAUCCCAAUGAAAUAAAGCCUCAUCCUCCAACUCCGCGGCCUUUGCUUCAUUCCCAAAGUGUUGGCCUCAGAUUUUCCCCUUCUAGCAAUAGCAUUUCAUCCACACCCAAUUUGAACCCCCCCUUCCGCCCUUCUGCUUCUAUUCAGCAGAUGGAGAUCCCCCUCAAGCCAGCCUAUGAAAGAUCGUGUGAUGAGCUUUCCCCAGUCUCUCCGACGCAGGGUGGUUAUCCCAGCGAGCCUACCCGCUCCAGGACCACGCCUUUCAUGGGAAUCAUAGAUAAAACUGCCCGGACUCAGCAGUAUCCCCAUUUCCACCAACAGAAUCGAACCUGGGCUGUGUCUUCAGUGGAUACUGUUAUAAGCCCCACAUCUCCUGGAAACCUUCCCCAGCCAGAAACUUUCAGCCCACCUUCCUCAAUCAGCAGCAUUGCCUUUUAUAACAAAACCAACAAUGCACAGAAUGGCCACUUGCUGGAGGAGGACUAUUACAGCCCACAUGGGAUGUUGGCCAAUGGCUCCCGGGGAGACCUCCUAGAGAGAGUUAGCCAAACCUCUUCGUAUCCUGAUGUGAAGGUGGCCAGGACACUGCCUGUUGCGCAGGCAUACCAGGACAACCUCUAUAGGCAACUUUCCAGAGACUCCAGGCAAGGACAGACAUCCCCUAUCAAACCAAAGAGACCAUUUGUGGAGUCUAAUGUGUGAAACAGAUGUGUCUUGGAGUAAGAGCCUUGUGUUUUCAGCACACUUUUCCCGGCUGAAUUCCCAUAUUACACUGCUGUUUUUCUUCCUUUUUUAAAAGAAUUUCCAUUCACUAGCAGACAGCCAGCUAGGGGUUUUCCUGUGAUUUCUGUGUGGUGAUGAGGCAGUCCAAGACAUGCUCCAAACCCUUUGCUACACACAGCUGACCUCAGAUAAAGCCAGCACUGUACAUGUUUUCAGCUGUGAAUCCGGCAAUUUUCAGUUUUCAGCUGUGAUGGGGCUAACCCAGGAUUCUAUAUACACUAAUGUGAGAGUCGAGGAAGGUAACCAGCUCUUUGAAGAAAAAUAUUCAUUUUGAAAUCUAAUUGAUCUGAGUAGCAGCUUUAAAAAUCAUUAUUAAAAUUUCCUCCGGGAUACUGACCCUUUUUUUUUGGCUUGGAAAUUGCACUCUUCAGUCACAAUAGUGCUGCCUAUGUUGUUUCAUUGUGUCCAAAGAGCUUGUUAACCUUCACAGAAUGGGGCUUUUGUUUUGUUUUUAAUACUAACGAGGAGCUAUGCAUAAAACCCAUCCUGCUUUAUCUGGUGUGAUAGGAUUGUACAUUAGUAUUUAAAAAUUCAUUAUUGUGGAUUUCUAACAUCCUUGCCUGCCAGUCUAUUGGUAUGGACUACCACGGGUAACAUUGCUUGGAAAGGCAUGUUCCAAAUGAUACUGUUUUGAUUUCCUCUGAGACAUUUAAACAAACAUUCAGGGAGAAAUCAAAGUUCUCUCCGCUUUAGCCAAUCUGUGGGCACCUACCUCGAUCUAUAUAACAGACUUCCAGUCCAUUUUCAAGUGGGUUUGUCCUCAAAAUGGAAUGACAGCUUACUCAUUCACACACUCCAGGUAUUGUUCCCAUGUCAACAAAGUUCAUUAAUAGCCAUAGGAUAUCCUAGGCCUUUAAAGCAUAGUAGGGAAACUGAGUUACAGACACUCCCACAGUGGCAGUUAAUUACUUUCCCCUUUAUUCAGUAUUAGUACUCUCCUAGUAAUGCUUCUUGUGGCAGGGAUACUUUGAGCCAUUCCUUGCCUGCAGACACUCCUGGAGUGAGGCCCCUUGUUUAAUGUCUCUGAAGUGGCAUGCUGUGAUUUGGAUUGUAUAGAUUAAUAUGAUAGUGGGGUUUGAUAUGGUUGAAGGAAUAUGCUCUUGCUGUGAGAAAUUGGAUUGCCUUUCCAGGCCAAGUGCAGAAGGCAGAAUGAUUCAACCUUGGGAGAAGAUCGCACUUUGAUUACUAUAGUGCUAAAGAGAGCUGGAGGAAGGAAAGGGUUAUUCCUGGGUAGUAUGUGGCUUUAUACAAACCCUCCAUAUUCUCAAUCCAUGCAGCUUUAGGUCAGCUCAGCAAGACCAUUGGGGAAUGGAUGGAAAGACUGUGAAUGUAUAUAGGAGCCCAGAGAUCAUCAGAGGUAGAGAGAGGACAUCUCAUAAACUUGAAGAUGGCAGGAACACAAAGCAAUGCAAAUCACACAUUCACCACCACCCCUUUCUGCAUAUUUAUCGCACACGGGAUAAAGCUGGCUUGGUGCUUCCUGUAAAUUAAGCAGAGGCUUUUCUCCAUACUAUAAUUGCACUAGGACAGAUCAUCUCUUGGCCCCAGCCAAAACAGAAUGUCUUCAUUUUUGUUAUAAAAAUGUGCAGAAUGGCACAGAAGUACAGACCAGCUGCCUUCUCUGAAAUGGACAUCAUUUGCUUUAUUACUUUCCUUCAAUACAUACUUCUUGAAGUCUGUGUGCUAUCAUCAGGAGCUCCUCUCCACAAAUGGGAGAGGGAUAGAAAAGUAUUUCCAUAAAACUACAAGGCUUGCACCUUCAAAAUGAGGUUGGUAGAUUCCAUACCUGGAAGUGUUACAGAUAAUAUGCUUAUGCUUUAAGAAUCCAGAGUUCAGAGAGAGAGGGAGAGAGAGAGUUUGUCAGUGAUAGGAAGCUUUUUGGUUGGUUCUCUUGUAUUGCAACUAUUUUGUGUGAAAAGCAGGGGGAUGUUUCUAGCAAUUUGUUUUACUUUGGCUUUGGCCCUUCACUAGAACUCUUUUUGUACAUCUUUUUCUAGCUUAGUGGUUGCAUUCCAACAUCUGUUUAUAGUAAAGGAAGACAAAAACACCUAGCAGGAGGAGACUAGGAUCCAUUCCUGUUCUGCUAGGUUGCAUGCUGAGGCCUACUGGUGUCCAACCCCAGUUUGCAAGACUUUUGGGGAGAGGGGGAUGUUUCAGUGCUGCUUCAGCUUGAGAUAUUGAAAGGGACAGUGAUGUUCCUUUUUUCUUACGGUGCAUAUGUGAAUUUCAUACACAGGUGCAACCAAACGUGCUUUUAUUAUCAGGACAGAUAAAACUAAUCUCUGCUCCCCCCCCCAAAGUUUGUUUUGUUUGUAUCUGGGGAAGUAGAAGAGGGAGGUACUUUCCCCUGCCCCCAACAGAAUAAUUUAUCUCUGUUCUCUGUGUUACAAAGACUGAUUAUUAUUUUAAUAAUAAUAUUUUUAUUUUUAACUUUUAAAAGCUGGAAUUGGUCAUUUGUUUGGUUUUUUUAAAUAUUUGCACCUGGUAUGAAAUAGUUUCUAUCAUGCAGAAGCAAGCACCCAUUUUGCUGCAAGAGGCAGUGAGUAGUCAAGGUGAUCUGUUUCUAUUGUCCACCUUUUUACCCUGACAAAAGGCAUUUGUGCCACAUUCUUUGGUACAGCUGUAGUGCACUGAGGCAUCACAUUCUCCUGUCUUUCCUGAUAAAGUAGGGGGGGAAACUACCACCAAAUUUAGUCUCCUCCACCAUGCAGGGGGUGGAGGAACAGUGCUGCUGCCAAGCCAGUCCUCUGCUGUUUUGAGAUUUGAAUUUCUUGACAACAUAGUGCUAUAGUCUUGAAUCUGGCUGCUUUGCUCUGCUCUUCACUGCCGUGAGGUUCCCAGUAUCGUACCUGUUUACAUUUUGCGGUUAGUAAAAGAAAUGGCAUGCACAUCCCCAAAUGAGGUUUUAAUACUGCCAAUGUGCAGGGUUUUCCCUUCCCAACAUUACUGUGUGUGAUUUCACAGGAUCCUUGCACUGAUGGGUUUGCCACCUGCUCUCUCUGUAAAUGGGAUGCACUUUAUAGUUGCAUUUGUUACUAUGAUAAAUACUGGUUAUUUAAACGUGAUUAGUGUCUUUGCUAGAAAUACAGCAAAACAGCUCUUGUCUUUUAGUGUUUUAAAAAAAGAAGCAAUGACUCAUAAAAUAUAUAGCACAAGUAUUAGCUGUUGUACAUAAGCAUCAAAAGGUGGAGUACUUCUUUUUAAUACAAAGAGAAAUAUUUGCUGUGACUUAUCAAAAUGAUCUCCCAGCAAUUCUCUUUAGGGGCACCUGAGGCUUAAUUGUUGCUGCUUUUAGUUACCAAGUAAACACACAUCUCAACGGAAAUAAAAGCUGUUUUGUCUUAGUUAGAAUUUGGCAGGAGGCAAUUCUUUUUGUAUUUGCUCUCAGCUUUUAAUCUUGUUUGCUCAUUGGAUCCUAUUCUGAAAUACAAUGCAACAGAGCACAACUCUAAUUUCUCUUGCUGUCCUUUCUGCAAUUUAAAUGCCUUUUCAAGUAAGGUUUUUCUACUCAGGAAAGUAUGGUAGAAUGGUGUCACACACACACACACACACACUGGGCUCCCGACUUUAAUACAACCAACGACCAUGCAGAAAUACUGUAUCUAUCAGCUCCCCUCUUCCCUUCAUCCAUACCCAAACUGGAGUUUUAGACACUCAGUCACAAAAUCAAACACACCAAAUCAGCUUCUUGAGCGCAAGCAAUGUUUCUGCUUUGAAUGUAUGCUUGUGUUUGACCAAACCCCACCAUCAUGGGAUGGCAUUCCCACUCUGCAGAAAAGCCUUUGUUUGCUCAUUGGAAGCCUCAUUCUAGAGCUAGAAUCUAGAUGCCAGCUUUUGAUGUGUCCUGGCUCUUGAAGCUGUGCCAGUUGAUUCUGGUUCUGAGUCUGCUCCCCAGGCUAAGUGUCCCAUAUGGGCACCUAGAAAGGUGAUCCUAGGACCCAAGUAUUUGAAAUAAUUAUUCUGAUCUGGCCCCUACAGAAGCCUGCUAUCAGGCCCUGAAAAUGGGGUGUGAGUCUUCUGGUAACUUGAAUGCUUUUCUAUCCCUGCUUGACUCUAAAGGAGAGAGCUAUCAGGUUUAUAUUUGGCACUAAUGCUGGUUGUAAGGAAUGUUCUUGUAAGAUAAACAUUUCUGUAAGAAUCUUAUUCACAAAUACAGAUUUUAUAGGAGAGUGGCUGGAGAUAUGCCUUCCUUUGCUGGUUCCAAAGAGACAAAGGCUGUCCACAUAUGCAGAGCAUUUGGGAAGGAGAACAUUUCUUUCAGAUACUAAGCCGUAGGGAUUUUUAAGUAUUUAUUCUUGCAAGCUGUAGAGAAUGGACUGCAGAGAAAGGAAACGAGCCUGUGCAUAUUCCGAAAGCCCAAGUCACAAGCCUGGCCUAGGGCAGCAGUUAACAAAUGACUACUAUUUCCAGAUCUACCCAGAAAACCAUCUAGUAAAAACCAAAGUGCCAGCUGCUCCACGCCUUACACCAAGUAAUGAGCAUCACUGCGUGCCUAGAAAUUCUUCUCCUUCUCUGCUUAAAGUGGCCCCUUGCAAGCUUUUGAAUGGCAGGCUGCAUCUCUCCCCCCUCCCUCCACUUAAACACCCUGGGAGUUCCGGGACCUUCAUCUACCCAAGUUCAGCUUCUAAAAAGGGCUUAGAAGGGGGCAAGAACUAUCGUACCUCCUGUGACAUGUUAGAUGCCUUCACUAAAUAUAUGGUUGCUGUGAAAAGGGAAGGGACUUGGUGCACAAGCACAAAGGGGUGGAAAAACCAGAACUUCCUCCCCCACCCCGAAUUACUUGAAUAUGUUGCUGGACUCUCAAAAACUUUUUUUCUCCCCACCAACAAAAAUAUCACAUUAAGGGCUGAAAAUACUUAGUAGGCUAUAUUUUGUGUGCAGUUCUUGAUGGCUGAAUCACCAUAGUCAAUUACACCAAAAUGAGCCCCUCACUGGACACCAAAUACAUCCCUGUAAUUCUUUUCUUCUUCUUCUUGGCAGUUGCUUGGAGUUGCUUUCAUUGCUUUCCCAUUAGAAAGGCAGACACCAGGAGCCUAGGACUGCUUCUGCAUUGUGUCGUUUGCAUGUGAGAGGCUGCUGAGGAAAUGGAGUGAGGUUUUGCACUUUUACAGUUGCUUAGAAGAGAGAGGUGAUACUUUUCUGCUUGCUGCCCCCACACUGCGUUUGAGAGAGCCAGGGCAGCUCAAUUUUGUUCUGCCCGAGUCCAUUUCCUACAAGUACCCACUGUUAUUUUCUGCUGUUUAUAUUUCUACAGGGCACUAAUUACAAGGCACUAAUCUGUAUAAGUCCAGGGUUGGGGUUGGUUGUUUUUUUGGAGGGGAGAAAUACAGAUUGCUAUUCUUAAUACACCCGUUAAAUGUGUUUCUCAUUCCAGUUGUGUUAUUUGAUUGAACAUUUUCUUCCCCACGAGCAUUGCAGCAUUUUGCCUGCCUUGUCUGCCUCUGUACAGUAACACAGCACUUCUUUGUAUUAAACCCUUUCUGGUUUUCCAUCCUUCAAGACACUUGCUGGGAAGACACUGAGUUCUUUUUCCUUUAGCUUUUCUAUAAUUCGGAUGUAAAGGACCUUCUCUGUACAGUAUAAUAAUAUUCAAUUGCAUGUUCUGUUCUCUUACUGAUAUAUUGAACCACCACACAGUUGUGAUCUUUUGCGCAGGGCAGCCGCACACAUCCCUGCACUCGACUAAGGCUCUUGGCCACUCCUGUAUAAAGGAAAGAAAUGUGUUUCUUUCCCUUCACUGUACUUGCUUGAGCAGAGUUUUAUUGUCUGUACACGUGAGCUGUGAGAUAGACGUGGAAAAAGUUCAAAAAGAAUGCAUUCUCCCCUGCCCCUCCCUAAUGUAUACAGAUUGUAACCUGUACAAUGAAUUGUAUGUAUGAAAAAAAAUGUACUUAUUUAUAAAUGGUUAACACUUGGAAA